GAGAGAGGACGGGAGAGCGAGAGCGAAAAACCAGACAUAGUCAAACUGACGUCGACGCCAGCAGCGAGUGGUUGGUUGGGCUGAGAGCGAGGGGGUGGCUGGGUUGGCCUGUGGUCUUGUCUCAGCUAAUAUGUGAAACAAAACGCGAGCACAACGUCGGCAGCGCCGCCGACUGCGCAGGAGCAACGCACACACAACAUGCACCAUUGAAAUGCUCGCACUCGUUGUCGUAUUUUACUGCGUCGCUGCCCCGCCCGCUGCCGAGCGUUGUUAAAAUAAAAAUAAUGACGUCAUUAAGCGCACAAAUGAGCGCUGCCGCUGCCGACGACGACUGCAACGGCAGCAGCAGCAGCUGCGACUGCGACGUGGGCAGCAUUUAUAACUGUUUUCGGCGCAGGAGAAGUGAGCAGCACUUGACGAAGCUCCGGCCCCCCAGACUGAACGAGACGGAGCAAGCUCCAAGAUUCCAAAAUGUUUUGAGGUGUGCAUUGCGAGCGAUACAGCAACAACAACAACAAAAUCCCAUUUGCAUUCUUAAUAUAUGCAAUGCCAUUUGGUUAGCAGGCGAAAUUUUACUUAUUAUCCAAUUGGAAAUGAACUAAAAGGAAUUUAUACGAUUAUCAAUUUCCCAUAAGAUUAAGCUUUUUGGUUUGAAGCGCAA